UUAUGAGUUUUGUCAUCAAAGUUUUCCGCGUCGUCGCGUGUUGUUUAUCGCGGCUUGCAUUUUCUGUCGACAAUUUUGUAUCUUUUGCGUUUUAAAUACCUGAAAACAAUCAAUUUAAAGUGUGAUUAAUAGUGCUCCAAACGGCUUCAAGAUUGAUCCCUCCAAGAUGGUGUCGACCCGCGGGCAGAGGUAUAAAUUUUCGGACGGAGAAAAAGUUCUCUGUUACGAGCCGGAUCCCACCAAGGCAAAGGUCUUGUAUGACUCCAAGGUAAUAAAGGUACUGGAGGUAUCGGAAGGAAAGGAUAAACGCGGUCGGAAGGUGAUCGAAUACUUGAUUCAUUUCCAAGGCUGGAAUUCCUCUUGGGAUCGAAAGGUUGGUGAGGAUUUCAUACUCAAAGACACGGAGGAAAACCGGCAGCUGCAGAAAUCGUUGGCAGAAAAGUCCCAACUUCAUCAGGGAACUUAUCUGUACCGGAAAGAACGCAAAAAGCAAAGGGACAAAUCGUUGACGGCCCGCAUUGAAAGUCUCACACAGCAAAUAGGACCACAGAAUAAACCGCCGGUUCAGCCCUUGUCGGAGGAAGGAAGUUCCUGCAGUAACGGGUUUGGACGCGAUGAAACCGAUUUCAGCAUUGAACCUCCACUAGAUCUCGACACCGAAUACUACAGCAGUUCCGUGGAAAGUACACACGAAGAGGACAAAGUCUACCUCCAGGUAGGUGACAAAUUGAAGCGAAUUCUGGAGUAUGACUACCAUAUGGUAUCGGAAGGAAGGCUGGUAGAAAUUCCUGCUCAACUACCAAUCGUCACAAUCCUCGAACACUUUGUUCGGCACUAUACUAUCCGGCAACUAUUCGGCCAAGAGCAGGCCAAACUUCGACGACGAAACAGCUCAUUCCUUAAGGGCGAUCAGAAGACGAAAGACUAUGAAACCAUUCGUACGAAUGUUGAACUCUGCAAAGAAGUCGCGGACGGUUUGCGGCUGUACUUUGAUUUCACUCUCAAGGAUUACCUAUUGUAUCCUUUGGAAAGGCAUCAGGCAGAGCUUGUGUUAUCAGAAGAAUAUCUCAUGAAUUUCACCUACGUGUCCUCUCCUGCCCUUUCGCUUGAAUUGCUAACAAUUCGUUUGGAAUCGCCGACAAACGAUUCCAGUACGGAUCACACAGACCCGACUGUCUUCGGAAGUUCUCUGGCAGCCCAAGAAGAGAAGAGACGCCGUCGAUUGAGGUCACACAAAAACGAAGAGAACGAAUUCAUACUGGACAUGGGCUUCCUGAAGGCAGAAACCCACUCGCCGGGCAACCCACAAGCAUUGGCCUAUUCGCUGCUGAAAAGUGUGUUUCCUGCCAACGUCACCAUCUCAUAUCAAGCGAAAGAGAUUUUGGAGGACGCUUUCGCCUGGAAGAUUCUUCCUUCGGAUGCACCAGCCGAACCGUCGAUGAUUUACGGGGCCACCCAUUUAGCCCGUUUGAUCGUGAAAUUACCGGAGUUCCUCUCCGCUUCCUCUAUGGCCGACGAAAAGUUGAAAUUGUUGCUGAAGUUUCUGGACUGUUUUUCUGACUACAUCGAAGAGCAUGAAGAAUGGUUCGGGAGCCACGUGUACAGUGAGAAAAAAGCAAAUCUGCUGGACUGUAAGUUAGAGGACAGUGUCGGAUUGUCCUCGAUGGUUGGCGGCAUCCGGAUCAAGGAGGAAGAUCUGGAUUUGCAUGACGAUGGAAUCAUGGCCGGACCGUUGCUUUCGGAUGUGAAGGUAGAGGCCACCAGUUUGCUGUCGUAAUAAAGUUUUGUGCAUCCAG